CCAAGUCGCAACGUCUCCCCGCCCAGCCUCCCCCUCACAGUUUGUUGAAGGAUUAUCGAGCCAGCCAGCCUCAAUUAACUGAAUUUUGCCCUAAUACCGAAAAAAGUGUCUCUGCUAUUCCAUUGUCACUCCUCUUCACAGUAUCUUUCCGUCCUUCCUACUUCCUCCGCCUACGCAACACUUGAGACAACAGCUAUCCACACAAGCACUCAUGGCUCCUCCACCCCCCUCAAACUUGCCACUUCCUGAGAGGCUAAAGGCUCUCGUUCAAACAUUACAAUUUGCUUGGUUUGUUGGGCACGUGACGCUUCUCAUCUCGGUUUUCCGUUAUCUGUUGUCCUAUGUCACCUUCAACUACUACUCCUCUGCUGCACAGGUGACAUAUCGCCUGGCGUUUAUUGCGGCUGCCGGAACAUAUGGAAUUGUUGUGUACAAGGCACACAUCGCCCGAGGCCGUCUCCAGGGCAGCGUUCCCAGUAUUGCGUUGAAGCUCGCUGGAGACGAAAAUGUCCAGUACCUUGGAAUGGCUUUGGUGUGGCUCUACUCUCGCCAGAUCCCUCUGGCUCUGCUUCCCUUCAGCGUGUACUCCGUUUUCCACGUUGCCACCUAUACACGUGCCCACUUGAUUCCUACUCUGCAGCCUCCUAGCCAGGGCGCGACUGGCGUGGCCUCCCCGUCCUCCCCUGGCUCUCCCAAACCUGCUGCGAAGCAGUCUCCUUUGGCGGAUACCAUUGGAAGAUUUGUCAAACAAUAUUACGAUACCAGCAUGGAUCUUGUUGCCGGCCUCGAGAUGGCGCUCCUCUUCCGAUUGGUGGUCUCCCUACUCACCUUCUCCAAGGGCAGCGUCUUUCUCUUUAUCCUCUACCUGGCUUUCUUCCGCGCCAGAUAUUCCCAGAGCUCUUUCGUCCAGCAGGCUGUCCGUCAUUUCACCGCCAGAGUCGAUGCCUCCGUCUCUCACCAGAGCACUCCUCCCGCAGUUCGCCAGGGUUGGGAACAGUUCAAGAACGUUGUGCGCCGGGGAUACGAGACCACGGAUCUGAGCCGCUACACCGCCGGCGCCACUGCCAAGAAGCCUCAGUAGUCCAAAUUAUCCAAAAUGCUGGCUAUGUCUGUAAUGAAGAGCGGUCCCACGGAAAUCCUGUCAAGGUUCUCCUUCCAAGGAGUUCCUUGGGGGCGCUUGCAGAUAUCCGUUGCGUUCGCUGAUGAUUUUUUACGAAUAUAAAGACCAUUGGUCUGACGAUGAUCUGGCCUGGCCCGUGGUUCUGAAGAUAGGAGCUGGUGGUGAAAAUUAUGCGAGAGAAUGGCUGAAGUAUGCAUGGGGGAGCGGGCAUAGGACGUAGUCUCCUUUUGCUCUAUGUUUCUUGCAGAGAUACUGCUACGCUUGGAUGUGCGAGAUGCAAUGAGAUCUUCAAUGCAUCUUAUAUCGUCAUUCACCGUGCGAUUAUAUUGUUGAUUGUUGUUGGUCCUCUAUUAGCCAUUUGCACUGUCUUGGCUGUCACUUUUUUAAAUAAGCAUAUCAUGUCUGUUAACGGGCUUUCGAAAGUUCAAUAGUGACACUAAGGUUUCUUGAUAU